UUUUUUUUUUUUCGUCGUUGCUGUUCAGCUUGGUUGCUUCGCAGGAGGUGUAGAGAUUGCACGCGUCGCUUCUCCGCCUUCUUCGUGUCUGUUCAACUUCGCUCCUUCGACGACUUUCCCUUCCUGUCGGAUCGGAAUUUACGACAUUUUGAUCGGAAGCAACAACGGGAGCUCGCUGGCUGUGAAGCCCCUCAGGCUUUGGCUUCAGUUCCGGCGACGAGGAGUUUGGCUUGUUCAUAUUCUUCCUCAAGGCAAAUUUCUGAGAUUUUCUACAUGCUCACCUUGGAGUUUUAUAUUCACUGGGACCUUUAUUAUGCAGUGUGCUGCUGCAGCUUGAGAUCAACUUUUUGUAAGUGCUGUGGUGAAGGGCAGAAGCUAUUAAUUGCCAAAAGAGCAAUCCUUGGACUUUUUAGUGGGUUGAAUAUGGGUUAAGUUGAGGUUGCUUGUCAAGAUGCACAUAGUAUUUGGAUGAGAAAAACUGUUAUCUGCUGGCUCUAUGGCUCAACAUUCAUCUCUCCUACACCGUCUACUGACUUUAUUGGACACUGGAUCAACUCAAGUAACUAGAUUCACAGCUGCACGACAGAUUGGAGAAAUCGCAAAAUCACAUCCUCAGGACUUGAUUUCUCUUUUGAAAAAGAUUUCACAGUACCUUAGGAGCAGGAACUGGGAUACUAGGGUUGCUGCUGCCCAUGCUGUAGGUGCAAUAGCUGAAAAUGUCAAGCACACAUCUCUUACGGAACUAUUGGCAUCUAUCGAAUCAGAGAUGUUAGAAGCUGGAAUUGGUGAUGCUUCGAAAGAUAUAAGCUUCCUUCUGUCAAAUUUUCAUCCUAAGAAUCUAUCAGGCCUCUCCUUCGUUAGCUUUGACAUCUACAAAGUGCUGGAGUUUGGCUCUCUGUUGUUGGCAUCAGCGGGACAGGAAUAUGAUGUCACAAAUGAUAGCAGCAAGACUCCGGCAGAGAGGUUGGUUCGUCAAAAGCAAAGUCUUCGCCGUCGCCUUGGUUUAGAUGUUUGUGAGCAAUUUAUGGAUGUUAGUGAUAUGAUUAAGGAUGAGGACCUUCUGACUCAAAAGGGUAACUCAUGGGGCAAUGGACCUAAUAAUGGAUAUCAUGUUACCAGAUCUGGUCAAAGUAUCCAGCAGUUGGUGGCAGCCAUGGUCCCUGGCUUUCGUCCUAGAAGGUUAAGUGCAAGGGAGUUGAAUCUGUUAAAAAGAAAAGCAAAAGUCAAUGCAAAAGAUCUUACAAAAUGCUGGUCUGAGGAUGAGGAGGUUGAGGUGUCAGCUUCCCAAUAUCCAGUGGCAUCUAGAGGGACUUCAGAUAAACCCGCAGCUAACAAGGGAUUUGUGGAUGCAUCUAUUGAGUUAGAUAAAGAUGAACUUGAUGAGGAUGGUAGAUGGCCUUUUCAGCAUUUUGUGGAACAACUCAUUCAUGAUAUGUUUGAUCCCAUCUGGGAAGUUCGUCACGGGUCCAUUAUGGCUCUAAGAGAAAUUCUGACUCAUCAUGGUUCCUGUGCUGGGGUCUUGUCUCUGGAUAUUAACUUGGAGAAGUCCUUGUUUGGUGAUUUAGAGGAAAUAAAGUGCGAGGAACCAAUUAACAAUUCCAGGGAAAUUGAUCUAAAUGUUCAUUUUUCAGCGGAUGAGCAUGAGCCUGCGCUAAAAAGGCACAAGUCUGGGAAUGAACUAAGUUAUCCAGAAAAUAAACUUUGUUCCUUAGAUUCUGUUAAUGGGGAAAUUAAACAAAGCACUAGUAUGGGCACAGUGGCAGGGCUCAAUGUUAAUCCUACAUUGGUAAACGAAGCUGUUGUUGGCACUCAUGUUAAGGUGGAAUUGGAGCCAUCUCCUGAUGGACUUAAUUAUCACUGCAAGGUGGAUGAUGCUGCUUCCCUUGGAUCAUCUUUUGAAGAUAGCUGCUUUAUCUCGAAUUUUGAUUUAAUAAAAAAUCUUCCUAAGAAUUCCAAACUCACGAACUUAAUGAAACUAGCGAGGUAUUCCUGGAUAAAGAACUGGGAAUUUUUGCAAGAUUGUGCCAUCAGAUUUUUGUGUAUACUCUCCUUGGAUCGAUUUGGUGAUUAUGUUGCUGAUCAAGUUGUCGCACCCGUUCGGGAGACUUGUGCUCAAGCUCUUGGAGUGGUUUUAAAGUACAUGCAUCCUUCACUGGUUAUAGAGACAUUGAAGAUUUUAUUACAUAUGCAGUGCAGACAAGAAUGGGAGGUACGGCAUGGUUGUCUCCUUGGGAUAAAGUAUCUGGUUGCCAUUAGGAAGGAAAUGCUCCAGGAUCUGUUACCUUAUAUUCUUCCUGCAUGUAAAGCUGGACUCGAAGAUCCAGAUGAUGAUGUUAGAGCAGUUGCAGCUGACUGCCUGUUACCUGCUGCUGCAGACAUUGUUUCUCUCAGUGAUGGACUGCUACAUUCAAUUGUCAUGCUACUUUGGGAUAUUUUGCUUGAUCUGGAUGACUUGAGUCCAUCAACGAGCAGUGUAAUGAACUUGCUUUCUGAAAUAUACUCUCAACCAGAAAUGGUUCCGAAGAUGUUGGGUACACUGAAGUUAGUUGAAAUAGAGGAUCUAGACCUUAACAAGCUGUCUCAACUGGAUGAUCGUGGAGAUGGGGUUAAAUAUGCAGAUAAUCCGUAUGUAUUAUCCAAGUUGACACCUAGACUGUGGCCUUUCAUGAGACACAGCAUUCCAUCAGUUCGCCAUUCUGCCAUACGAACUUUGGAGAGGCUUCUUGAAGUUGGUAAUAGAAGGAGCUCUUCCGAGUCCUUAGGUAAUGGAUUUUGGCCAGCUGCUAUCUUGGGUGAUGCUUUGCGUAUUGUUUUCCAGAAUCUCCUUUUAGAGUCAAAUGAUGCAGUUCUUUUGUCUACUGAAAGGGUUUGGAGGCUUCUGCUUCAGUGUCCAGGGCAGGAUUUGGAAGCUGCUGCCCAGUUAUAUUUUUCUUCUUGGAUACAUCUUGCUGCCACUCCAUAUGGUUCUGCUUUAGAUGCCACUAAAAUGUUUUGGCCGGUUGCUCUUCCUCGCAAAAGUCAUUUCAGGGCAGCUGCUAAGAUGAGGAUUGUAAAGAGUGACAAUGACACUGGUACAUGCUUCACUGUUGAAGUUGGAAACGGAAGUAUGUUGCCGGAAAAUAAGAUUGAUUGUGCUACUAUUAGCACAAAAAUUAUUGUUGGUGCUGAUAGUGAGAAACCUGUAACACAUACAAGAGUAGUUACAGCUUCAGCUCUUGGCGUCUUUGUCUCUAGGUUGCCUGAAGUUUCUCUGCCUGCUGUUAUUCAUCCAUUAUGGAAUGAUCUUACUUCGUUAUCUGGAGUUCAGAGGCAGGUAGCCGCUAUGGUUCUUGUUGCUUGGUUUAAAGAACUGCAAAACAUGGACUGUCUAGGAGCACAAGGAAAAUUAUUUGGUCUUCUGGCGCAUGUCAGAAACUGGCUUUUGGAUUUGUUAGCAUGCUCCGAUCCUUCAUUUCCAACAAAGGAUUCUCUUCUACCUUAUGCUGAGCUUUCAAGAACUUAUGCAAAAAUGCGUAGUGAAGCAAACAUUCUGUUCAGAUUAGCCGAAUCUUGUGGUGUGUUUCAGAGUUUGAUUUCAACUAUUAAUAUUAGUUGUGACACACUAAGUAUUGACGAGGCAAUCAGCUUUGCUUCAAAGCUAUCUGAGCCUGCUGAUUCUGUUGCCUAUGAAAAAGCUGCAGUGAAUGAUCUAGAGUCUGCAAAACAACAACUUCUUUCUACUACUGGGUACUUGAAAUGCGUACAGAACAACUUGCAUAUUACCGUUUCAGCAAUGGUUGCUGCUGCUGUGGUCUGGAUGUCAGAUCUACCUGCCAAGCUUAAUCCAAUUAUUUUGCCUUUGAUGGCUGCUGUAAAGAGAGAGCAGGAAGAAAUAUUACAGCAAGAAGCUGCAGCAGCACUUGCUGAGCUGAUUUUUAGCUGUAUUGCUCGAAAACCAGGUCCAAAUGACAAACUAGUCAAGAAUCUGUGCUGCUUAACUUGUGCAGAUUCUUCAGAAACUCCUCAGGCAGCACAAAUUGGUUCAAUGGAUGUUGUUGAAGAUCUUUAUGUGUUCUCGUUUAGUAGAUCGCCAAGCAUUCAAAAGUCAAGGGUCCAAAUUCUAUCAGCCAAUGAGGAUAGGGCAAAGGUAGAGGGGUUUAUAAGCAGACGAGGAGCGGAACUGGCUCUGAAGCAUCUGUGUCAAAAAUUCGGAUCUUCCUUAUUUGAUAAACUUCCAAAGCUCUGGGACUGCCUCACAGAGUUUCUCAAGCCUCUUGGCCCUGAUGAGACCAAGCGGAACUUGGAAAUGCUAGAAAUUUCCAAUAAAAUCGAUCCUCAGACUUUGAUUAACAACAUUCAGCUUAUACGCUCAAUUUCCCCUUUGGUCGAUGAGUCAUUGAAACCAAGACUGCUAACUCUUCUUCCAUCAGUACUUAGCUGUGUCCGUCACUGCAAUAUUGCUGUUAGGUUGGCAGCAUCUAGAUGUAUCACCUCUAUGGCUAAGUCAAUGACAACUAGUGUCAUGGAAGUAGUCAUUGAAAAGGCUAUUCCAAUGUUGGCGGAUAGUUCAUCUUUGCAUACUAGGCAGGGAGCUGGAAUGCUGGUUACCUUACUUGUUCAGGGUUUGGGCUUGGAGUUAGUUCCUUAUGCUCCUUUACUUGUUGUACCUCUUCUUAAAUGUAUGAGCGACUGUGACCUCAGUGUCAGGCAAGGUGUAACACAUAGCUUUGCUGCGCUUGUGCCUCUUUUGCCAUUAGCUAGAGGACUUCCUUCCCCGUUUGGCCUGAGUGAAAGCCUAUCAAAAAACAGUGAAGAUGCACAUUUCUUGGAACAACUUCUUGACAAUUCUCAUAUUGAUGAUUACAAGCUCCCCAUUGACAUCAAACUGGCACUACGGAGGUAUCAACAGGAAGGAAUUAACUGGUUAUCUUUUCUGAGACGAUUUAAGCUACAUGGAAUAUUGUGUGAUGAUAUGGGACUUGGCAAAACGCUUCAAGCAGCAGCAAUAGUAGCAGCUGACCUUGUAGAACAGCGUGCCAUCAAUAAUGGAAAAGAUCCUUUGUCAUUAAUAAUGUGCCCGUCCACAUUAGUUGCACACUGGGCAUAUGAAAUUGACAAGUAUAUUGAUAGAUCUGUGAUGAUUACACUUCAAUAUGCUGGUUCAGCCUCAGAAAGGAUGUCACUUCGCCGAAAAUUUGACAAGUACAAUAUCAUUAUAACAUCUUAUGAUAUUAUUCGCAAAGAUAUUGAUUUCCUUGGAAAGCUUGCGUGGAAUUAUUGCAUUUUAGAUGAAGGGCAUAUUAUAAAGAACUCGAAAUCUAAAAUAACUUAUGCAGUGAAACAGUUAAAGGCAGAGCAUCGUCUUAUCUUGAGUGGCACACCUAUACAGAAUAAUGUCCUGGAGCUUUGGUCCCUCUUUGACUUUUUAAUGCCUGGUUUUCUUGGUACGGAGAGACAGUUCCAAGCAACAUAUGGAAAACCGCUUCUGGCUGCUAAAGAUUCAAAAUGUUCUGCUAAGGAUGCUGAAGCAGGGGUGCUUGCCAUGGAAGCAUUACAUAAGCAGGUCAUGCCAUUCCUGCUCCGUCGAACAAAAGAUGAAGUUUUGUCUGAUCUUCCUGAGAAAAUUAUUCAGGACAGAUACUGCAACUUAAGUCCUGUACAGCUUAAACUGUAUGAGCAAUUUUCAAGUUCAGAUUCUAAAAGGGAAAUCUCAUCAUUAGUUACAGAGAGUGAGACUAGCAGCGAAUCAGUUGCAAAAGCACCCCUUAAGGCGACUUCUCACGUCUUCCAGGCGAUACAAUACUUGUUAAAACUCUGUAGUCAUCCAUUGCUUGUGAUUGGUGAAAAGACUCUGGAGUCUCUGAAAGGCCUUCUGUCUGAUGUUAUUCCUGAUUGCAAUGAUCUUCUCUCAGCGCUUCAUGAGCUGCACCAUUCUCCGAAACUGGUGGCUCUUCAAGAAAUUUUGGAAGAGUGUGGGAUUGGCACUGACACAACAAGUUCAGAAGGUGCUAUUUCAAUAGGGCAACAUAGAGUUCUGAUUUUUGCUCAGCACAGAUCUCUUUUGGAUAUUAUCGAGAGGGACUUAUUUAAUGCUCACAUGAAGAGUGUCACGUAUUUAAGGCUUGAUGGAUCUGUUGAACCUGAUAAACGUUUUGACAUUGUAAAAACGUUCAAUUCUGAUCCAACUAUAGAUGUGUUAUUGUUGACAACGCAUGUUGGUGGGCUUGGCUUGAACUUGACUUCUGCUGAUACAUUGGUCUUUAUGGAGCAUGAUUGGAAUCCUAUGAAGGAUCACCAGGCAAUGGACAGGGCGCAUAGGUUGGGUCAACGGAAAGUCGUAAAUGUUCAUCGUCUCAUCAUGCGGGGCACCUUGGAAGAGAAGAUUAUGAGUCUUCAGAAGUUCAAACUCUCUGUUGCAAAUGCUGUAAUUAAUGCAGAGAAUGCUAGCCUGAAAACAAUGAACACAGAUCAGUUGCUUGAUCUGUUUACUCCUGCUUCAGCCUCUGGAAAGGUUGCUGGCACUUCGAGUUCUAAUGGGCUGGAUGAGGAUUCCAGGCCAGCAGGUAAAAAGGGCCUCAAGGCUAUACUCAGUGGACUCGAGGAGCUUUGGGAUCAGUCUCAAUAUUCAGAAGAAUACGAUCUAGGCCAUUUCCUGCGAAAGCUGAAUGGCUGAAAAUGACCAUAGCUUUGCAGUAUAUUUGUACAUCAGAGGAGCUUCUAAGUUAGUUGGCCCUGAGAUUUUGGCAGAAAUUUUUUUGUUCUUUUCUUUGUAUAUGCUAAUUUGUUUAGGAAAAAAGACUGGCUAACAAAAUUAUAGGGCCAACUUUGUUCAGGUUGGAGGGCAGUCAUUCAGUGCUUGCUUGCCUUGAAAGGUUAGCAUGGCAUAGUGUAUAAAUAUGUUUUUAUUUAAUAUCCAAGGAAAAUCGCCUUAUGUAAUGUUCAUAAGCAGAAUGGUGGUCUGUUCUUUCAAAAUAGAGCCUUAUUUAUAUUAAUAAAUAUUAUUUUUUUUGGAAA